AGAUGACCGAUAAGAUAAUGACCUCUUGCCUGAUCUGUGAGGCCAUACCAAUUUUUCUGCAGUCUUUGGCCAGGGCUUCACGCGACACGAUCCGAGGUCAGCUGGCGUUGCAACUCCAAGAAAAAAGAUCACAUAUACCCAAAGCCCCGUGAUGGCGUCAACGAACCAGUGCAUGGCCUCAAUGGCCCGUCUCAGCCUCGUAGCUUCAGCAAGACCGACAGCCUCCACGAUACCGCGGUUCCUCAUCCCUUCCGUCGCCCAGCAGACACGAUGCGCGAGCAACCAGGGGAGUAACAAGAAGACGGACAAGAAGAAGAAGAAGCUCUCCAAGGACUUCAAGACCUACAACGUCAAGAACUGCCCGCAAUUCUCUCUUUGCGAUGCCAUGCGCUACCUCCGCGCAUUCGAAGUCGGCCGCCCUCCCCAGUCCAUCAAGUACGAGAUCCACGUCCACCUCAAGACGCCCCGAAACGGCGCCGUCGUAAAGAACCGCAUUCGUCUCCCCAACCCUGUCAAAUCCGACAUUCGCGUCGGCGUCAUCUGCCCCGAAGGAAGCCCCAUCGCGCAGCAGGCCCUGCAAGCCGGCGCCGUCGUCGCGGGCCAGGAGUCCGUGUUCGAGGCCAUCAAGAACGACAACAUUGUCUUCAACCGGCUCAUCUGCCACACCGACAGCGAGGCGGCGCUCAACAAGGCCGCCCUGGGCCGCAUCCUCGGUCCCAAGGGUCUCAUGCCCAACCGCCGCAUGAAGACAAUCACCGACAACAUUUCCAGCGCCAUCCGUGAGACGAUGGGCGCCGACAACUACCGCGAGCGUACUGGUGUCAUCCGCAUGGCUAUCGGGCAGCUGGGUUUCACGCCCAAGAUGUUGUCUGCCAACGUCAAGGCGUUUGUGGCCAGCAUCAAGUCUGAUCUCGCGGAGCUCGAGACGCACAAGGAGGUUCACGAGGUUGUGCUGAGCUCUUCCCAGGCUCCGGGCUUCAGCUUGAACGGAAACUUUGACUCGACAGAUGAGGAGGUCACGCCGGCUCACCUGUCCAACGUCAUGUAAAGAUGUACAAAAUCCAGAUGAAAAAGGGGCAAAAGAAAAGGGAAGGGUGUUUAGAUGAAUUGUAUCAUAGGUGUUUUUAUUACACGUGUAUCAAAGUGGCAUAGCGCUCUAGAACAUGUUUGGAGAUU